CUCUGGAGCCAUCCUGAUGGCUUUAGGGGCCUUGCUUCUAUUUUCCAUUAUUAUGUGGACUACCGGAGCGACAGCGCAGUCCAAGACCUUGCAGGUUUGUGAUGAGGAGGGAGCACACAGCAGCAGCAGCAGCAGCACACAUCUUCUCUCUGCUCUCCUCUCCCCAAUCCAGGCGUAGACUUUUUUUUUCCUCCCAGAGACAACGAGCUCAUCCAGCUCCCUUUUUCCCCGAUCCCAGCCAUCCACGGAAGAAAGAUCCCCCACCCCCCAAAAUAACAACAACAAACAAACCCCCAAACAAGAUCCCCUCCCUUCUACACCACCACUACAAGCAAAUAAUAACAUUAUUAUAAAUAAUAACAACAAAUAAACAGCACCUCUAUGCAACAGCAGUGUAGCAGCAUCUCCUUCCCUCCAUGUAGUUGUAGCGCUGGUGGGAGUGCAUGAAAAGUACCAAAAAAAAAAAAAUUGUCAUUUUUCUUUUUCUUUUUGUCUUAUUUAUUUUGUAAUUUUUGCUGUUGCUGAUUGAAAAUAAACUGCUCUAUUUUCUUUAGGAAAUAUAUCUUUCCUUUGGAUAGAGUGCCCUUUUAUAGGAAAAAAAAAUACCAUGUCAUUUUUCUUAAUACUUUUGGAUUUUUUUUUCUAAAUAAAGAAUACAGAUUUUCCUACAACAGUAUUAAUUGCAUUUUUUUAUUUUAUUUUUUAUUUGCUACUUGUAUUUUUAUUUUUCAUUCACCUAUUUGAAGUUUUCUUGGCCACAGAAGAGGGCAGACAGGGAGGCUGGAGGAAAGCAGAGUGCUCUCUUUGCUAGGGGAUCCUCGUUUUGUGUUGCCUUAGUUGUUAACGGGCUGACAUUGAACAACUUCAGCUGUUUGCUUUUAGGAUGUCUCGCCGCAAGCAAGCUAAGCCAAGAUCACUGAAAGAUCCCAACUGUAAACUAGACGAUAAAUCUGACGAUGGUGAAUCAACAGAUUGUAAGAAGAGGCAAGAGGAGGGAGAAGAACUAGAGGAGGAAGCUGCUCACAGCUGUGACAGUUGCCUUCAGGUGUUUGAGUCACUGAGUGAUAUCACAGAACACAAGAUCAGUCAGUGUCAGCUGACAGAUGGUGCAGAUGUAGAAGAUGAUCCAUCUUGUUCAUGGCCAGCAUCAUCACCGUCUAGUAAAGACCAGGCCUCCCCCAGCCACGGAGAGGGUUGUGACUUUGGUGAAGAGGAAGGUAUUCCAGGAUUGCCAUAUCCCUGCCAGUUUUGUGACAAGUCAUUCAGUCGCCUCAGUUAUUUAAAACACCAUGAACAGAGUCACAGUGACAAACUCCCUUUCAAGUGUACAUAUUGUAGUAGAUUGUUCAAGCACAAAAGAAGUAGAGAUCGUCAUAUAAAACUGCAUACAGGAGACAAAAAAUACCACUGCAGUGAGUGUGAUGCAGCAUUUUCUAGAAGUGAUCAUCUUAAAAUUCAUCUAAAGACUCAUACCUCCAACAAGCCAUAUAAAUGUGCCAUCUGUAGACGAGGGUUCCUGUCCUCAAGUUCUUUGCAUGGUCAUAUGCAGGUUCAUGAGAGAAAUAAAGAUUGUUCACAGUCUGGGGCUAGAAUGGAGGAUUGGAAAAUGAAGGAUACGCAGAAAUGCAGCCAGUGCGAGGAAGGGUUUGAUUUUCCUGAGGAUCUUCAGAAACACAUAGCCGAAUGUCACCCCGAAUGCUCUCCAAAUGAUGACAGAGCUGCUAUCCAAUGUAUGUAUUGCCAUGAACUAUUUGUUGAAGAAACCUCCCUGUUGAAUCAUAUGGAGCAAAUGCAUAGCAACGAGAAGAAGAAUUCUUGUAGCAUUUGUUCUGAGAAUUUCCACAGCAUCGAGGAGCUCUACAGCCAUAUGGACAGCCAUCAGCAUCCAGAAUCCUGCAAUCCUAGCAACAGUCCAUCCUUAGUUACCGUAGGCUAUACCUCAGUAUCUAGCACCACCCCAGAUUCAAACCUUUCUGUGGACAGCUCAACAAUGGUAGAUGUUGCUCCACCACUACCUAAAGCUCGUGGUCGGAAAAGGGCUUCCCAACAAACUGGCGAUGUCAAUGCCCCUUCAAGCAAACAAGCUAAAGUUACGUACAGCUGUAUCUACUGCAGCAAACAGUUAUUUUCCAGUCUGGCUGUUCUUCAGAUACAUCUUAAAACUAUGCAUUUAGAUAAACCAGAGCAGGCUCACAUCUGUCAGUACUGCUUAGAAGUCUUGCCUUCUCUCUAUAAUCUAAAUGAACAUCUUAAACAGGUACACGAAGCUCAGGAUCCAGCACUAAUAGUUUCUACUAUGCCUGCCAUGGUGUAUCAGUGCAACUUUUGCGCUGAAAUAUUCAAUGACCUUAACAUGCUCCAGGAGCACAUAAGAAGUUCGCAUGGCUUUGCAAAUCCAGUUGCAAAAGACAGUAAUGCAUUCUUUUGUCCCCACUGUUACAUGGGGUUUCUCACAGACUCCUCAUUAGAGGAGCACAUUCGUCAAGUCCAUUGUGACCUCAGCAGUUCUCGUUUUGGCUCUCCAGUGUUAGGUACCCCUAAGGAGCCUGUAGUUGAAGUAUACUCCUGCUCAUAUUGUACCAAUUCUCCUAUCUUUAAUAGUGUUCUUAAAUUAAACAAGCAUAUUAAAGAAAAUCACAAAAAUAUUCCGCUGGCAUUAAAUUACAUCCAUAAUGGAAAGAAAUCUAGAGCUCUGAGUCCCUUAUCUCCUGUGUCUUUGGAUCAAUCCUCUUUAAAGAUGAUGCAGACCAUUGGUGGCACUCCUUCAAGACCUGCAGGCGAGUACAUCUGCAAUCAGUGUGGUGCCAAGUAUUCAUCCCUCGACGGUUUUCAAACUCACUUAAAAACUCAUCUUGAUAACGUUCUGCCAAAACUGACGUGCCCUCAGUGCAACAAAGAUUUCCCAAACCAAGAAUCUCUUCUGAAGCAUGUUACUAUUCACUUUAUGAUCACAUCUACAUAUUACAUUUGUGAAAGUUGUGACAAACAGUUUACAUCAGUGGAUGACUUGCAGAAGCACUUGCUAGACAUGCACACUUUUGUUUUUUUCCGUUGUACCCUGUGCCAGGAAGUGUUUGACUCCAAAGUUUCCAUUCAGCUCCACCUGGCUGUGAAACACAGCAAUGAAAAGAAAGUGUACCGCUGCACUUCCUGUAAUUGGGACUUCCGCACAGAAACCGACUUACAGCUUCACGUGAAGCACAAUCACCUGGAGAACCAGGGAAAGAUCCACAAGUGCAUUUUCUGCGGUGAAUCGUUUGGGACGGAGGUAGAGCUACAGUGCCACAUUACAACCCACAGCAAAAAGUAUAACUGCAAAUUUUGCAGCAAAGCUUUCCAUGCUAUCAUUUUAUUGGAAAAGCACUUGAGGGAUAAACACUGCGUAUUUGAAACCAAAACCCCAAACUGUGGAACCAAUGGUGCACCUGAACAAGUUCAGAAAGAAGAGGUGGAACUUCAGUCUUUGUUGACAAACAAUCAAGAGUCUCAUAAUAGUCAUGAUGGGAGUGAAGAGGAUAUCGAUACCUCUGAACCAAUGUACGGCUGUGACAUCUGUGGAGCUGCCUACACCAUGGAUUCUCUUCUGCAGAACCAUCAGCUCAGAGAUCACAACAUCAGGCCUGGAGAAAGUGCAAUUGUCAAGAAAAAAGCAGAGUUGAUUAAGGGGAAUUAUAAGUGCAAUGUUUGCUCACGUACCUUCUUUUCCGAAAGUGGUCUGAGAGAGCACAUGCAGACACAUUUGGGGCCAGUGAAGCAUUAUAUGUGUCCUAUAUGUGGAGAACGCUUUCCAUCCUUGUUAACUCUUACAGAACAUAAAGUCACACACAGUAAGAGUCUGGACACUGGGAACUGCAGAAUUUGUAAACUACCUCUACACAGUGAGGAGGACUUCUUAGAACACUGUCAGAUGCACCCAGAUCUGAGGAACUCAUUGACAGGGUUUCGCUGCGUGGUAUGCAUGCAGACGGUGACCUCAACUCUGGAGCUCAAGAUUCAUGGCACAUUUCACAUGCAGAAGACUGGAAAUGGAUCUUCAAUUCAGUCCACUGGCCGUGUACAGAACUUACAGAAGUUGUUCAAGUGUGCUUCUUGUCUUAAAGAGUUUAGAUCCAAGCAGGACCUGGUGAAGCUUGAUAUUAAUGGUUUGCCCUAUGGUCUAUGUGCCACUUGCGUUAAUCUUAGCAAAAGUGCCAGUCCAACUGCCAACAUGGUUUUAAGCACGAACAGAUCUACUCUAUGUCAAACUGAUAACCUACCCUGUAUGGAAGGUAAAAAUAAGACCUCCAUGCUGAAGACACGAUGCACUAGUUGUAAUGUAAAAUUUGAAUCUGAAAAUGAACUCCAAAACCACAUUCAAACAAUCCACAGAGAACUUGCAUCUGAAAAUAGCACAACACAGCUGAAAACUCCGCAAGUUUCACCAAUGCCCCGGAUCAGCCCAUCUCAAUCUGAUGAGAAGAAAACCUACCAAUGCAUCAAGUGCCAGAUGGUAUUCUACAAUGAAUGGGAUAUUCAGGUCCAUGUUGCAAACCACAUGAUUGUGGAACAGCUGGUCUCAUCCAAACAUUUCAUGACUGGUAACUCCAACACGGAGUCCUGCUCAUCUUCCACAUUGGCAGUACCUACUGAUGAAGGUCUGAACCACGAAUGCAAGCUUUGCAGCCAAUCGUUUGACUCCCCAGCAAAACUACAGUGCCACUUAAUUGAGCACAGCUUUGAAGGAAUGGGAGGGACGUUUAAAUGCCCAGUCUGUUUCACUGUGUUUGUGCAGGCAAACAAACUGCAGCAACACAUUUUUUCAGCCCACGGACAAGAGGAUAAGAUCUAUGACUGCACACAGUGUCCACAGAAAUUCUUUUUUCAGACAGAGCUGCAGGUAACGUAUUUAUAAUCACACAAUGACCCAACAUAGCAGUUAAUGCAAAAAACAGACUCAUCUGAAGAUCAUUUGGAGGCACCGAAAAGGGAACAUGUUUUAAUCUUUGCACGAAAUUUUGAUUGUUCAUGUAUAUUAUUCAAAAAGCAUUGUAUUUUACCAUAAAACUUGUAUUAUUGGAACUGUUGGAUGUUCAUGUGUUUGGACGUUUCAGCACCAGAUAAACUUAUUGUAUAUACAGUGUUGCACAUGUAUUAUGUUGUUCAAUACGAAAACCGUCUUAUAAAGACAGUUGACUUGGGCCCUAUUCAAAGAAAAGAAACUGAAAACCGGCGAGGAAAGAGGCCGACGUUACUGCAGACAGAGCAAGAAAUAUGGUUGCAUAUUUUCCAGCUGUAGUCCAACUUUUUUUCCCAGUAGAUCUCGUCUUUAUUCCUCAUUUUAAUAUAAAACAGCUGAAUUGAGGAUUUCUUUUUAUACUGCAGCAGAAGAAUCUUGCACAGAAAAGCUUUUCUCAUCAAAAUAUCUUGAAUAAGGCCUAUAUAAAUAUAUACAUACAUACAUAUUUAUAUAUAUAUAUUUGUAAGCCUUGCGGUAUGGCAAAUAGCAUUACCAUAUAUGCAAUAGUUCUUCUGUAGGUUUCCCCUGAAUCUUUUCUCCAGAAGAUCAUUUUGAUGCUUUGUGUGUCCAAACGUUUUUUUCUUCUUUUUUUAUUCUAAAUGAUUUCACACAGCCAAAACUCUUGAAUCCGUUAAACUAAAUUGUAUGUUAUCGUUAUUAAUGUUUACUCUGCCGUCUGAACCUGGAGAUUACUGGAAUUGUUUUCCAAGAGAAAAUAAAUUCAAUUUACCAUUA